AUGCCAAUCACAAUAUUGCAACCGGCGCCCGUGCCGGUGUUCAACGACACCCGGAACGACCAUGCCUCCGCCUCCGACUCGGACUCUGACGAAGGCGGCGUCGACCUCGAAGGCGACAUCUCGAUGAUGCGCCCCUCCAAGCGCGCCCGACGAACAGAAGACGACUCGAUCGUGACGCCCGGCGAGGUCAUCACCGAGGAUCCGCAAUGGAUGCGCGGCCACGGCACCUACACAACGCGCCAAGCCCCCGCCAUCGUCUCCUCCGUCGCCGGCACGCUCGCCAAGACGAACCGGCUGCUCUCCGUGCGCCCCCUGCGCGCGCGCUACACGCCCGAGAUCGGCGACCUGGUCGUGGGCCGCAUCGUCGAGGUGCAGGCGAAGCGGUGGCGCGUCGACGUGGGCGCCUCGCUGCUGGCGCAGCUGCCGCUGUCGGCCAUCAACCUGCCUGGCGGUAUCCAGCGGCGGCGCACCGAGACGGACGAGCUGCAGAUCCGCACCUUUUUCUCCGAGGGCGAGCUGCUGGUAGCCGAGGUCCAGCAGCUGUACGGCGACGGCGGCGCCGUGCUGCACACGCGCAGCCUGAAGUACGGCAAGCUGCGCAACGGAGUUUUCGUGGCUGUCAGUGGGACUGGAGGCGGUGGGGGCGUGGUUAGGGCAAGGCGGCAGGCGUUCACGCUGGAUUUGGGAGGAGCGAGUGCGGACGAUGCGGAGAAGAUCGAUGUUGUGCUUGGCGUGAAUGGGUAUAUCUGGAUCAGCAAGCAUGUCGAGGGCGAGGGCGCGGCGGCGGAGACGUCGGGGCCGGGCAUCAACCGCGUCGAGGAGAGCGUGGGGCUGAACGUGUACUCGAGCCAGAACGACGACAUACCGAUGUCGACGAUGCGGGAGAUUGCCCGCGUCCGGGGUGUUAUAGAGGCGCUGGUCGAGCAUGGGUUAAGGGUCGAUGAGGAUAUGGUCGCGAGGGCGUAUCAUGAGGCCGUAGAGAUGGCGAGGGGUGAUGGCGAUGGAGAGGACACGCUGUAUCUGGGUGGUGAGAGAGGUCGGAGACUGGCUCAAGCUCUUGUUGGGCGGUGA